AUGGCCUUGCUUCUGCAGCUGCUACUGCUGCUGCUGUCAAGGGCCCAGGGGAACCCCGGGGCUUCACUGGACGGCCACCCCGGGGACCGGGUGAAUCUCUCCUGCGUAGGGGUCUCGCAACCCACCCGCUGGGUCUGGGCACCUAGAUUCCCCGCCUGCAAAGGCCUGUCCAAAGGACGCCGCGCGAUCUUGUUGGCCUCACCGAGCGGGACCCCCACCGUGUCUCCCGUCCAGCCCUUUGCUGGCCGCCUACGUGCCCUGGACCUUGAUAUCCGGCGGCUGGAGCUGCUCCUGAGCGCGGGGGACUCGGGCACCUUUAUCUGCAAGGGCCGCCAAGAGAACCAGAGCCGUACGGAGCUUCACGUGCUGGGGGACAGGGCCUAUUGCAGAGCUCCGGGGUCUACCCACGCUCUGUCCCCCCCACAUAGUGAAAGCGGAGCCCCAGAGGCCAGUAGAGGAGGAAGAAUCCAAGAUUGCAGGGGACCUGGACCAGGAGCCGAGCCUGCUCUACGCAGACCUGGAUCAUAUGGCCCUCAGAAGAUCCUGCCGACUGUCCCCAGUGGUCCCUGCUGAUGCCUCCACCACCUAUGCGGUUGUAGUUCGAAAGGCAGCCCUUACUACCUCACAAGCUGGGGGCUCCCAGCUCUCCAUAACACCC